CAAAGUUGUUGUGUCGGAGCUUAAGAACACCAAAUCUACUAUUCACCACCACUUUUACGAUAUGUCCUCCGAGUCAUCAACCGGCCCAGAAAUGUCGGCGACAACCAAGCAGAUGCUAAUCCGUGUGCGGCAAAUGGUGCCGCCCAUGCUGGAGAAAUUCCAUAAAGGACAACUUGGUCGUGUAGCUGUCAUCGGCGGUAGCGAGGACUACACAGGUGCUCCCUACUUUUCCGCCAUGGCAAGUGCGAGACUGGGUGCUGAUCUUUCCCACGUAAUCUGCACUCCCAACGCCGCUCAAGUCAUCAAAACCUACUCGCCCAACCUCAUGGUCCACCCACUCAUGCGCUCCUCCCCGCCGGCCCUCAGCUCAUCGGACUCCGGCAGCUCGCCCUCGCUCACAAAGUCCGCUCCUGACACCGACCCUUCCCAGAUAGCCGCCCAGAUCAUUCCCAUGCUCGACAGGCUACACGUCCUCGUUAUCGGUCCUGGUCUUGGCCGCGACCCUCUCAUGCAAGAGACUUGCGCUAAGGUGAUCACCGCGGCGCGCGAGAAGGGAAUUCCCAUGGUUCUCGACGCCGACGCCCUGUUGCUGGUGACCAAGGACCCGUCUCUCAUCAAGGGGUACGACAACGCCGUCUUGACGCCCAACGUGGUCGAAUUCGGACGACUGACCAAAGCGCUCGGCGUGGACGAAGAGGUGGAAAAGGCUGAGGAGACGGCGGGCGAGACGGCCAAGGUGGAGGCGCUGGCUAAGGCGCUCGGCGGCGUCAUGGUUGUGCAGAAGGGAGCCAAGGACUACUUGAGCGACGGCAAGGUGACGCUUACGGUAGACUUGAAGGGUGGUCUGAAGAGGAGUGGUGGACAGGGAGAUACGCUGACGGGAAGUAUUGCCACGUUUUUGGGCUGGCGGAGGGCGUAUCUUGAAGAUCUUUGGGAUCAUGGCCAUAAGCUCAACAAGGAGGAGUUGAUUGGUUUGGCUGUCUUUGGUGGAAGCGCCAUUACGAGGGAAUGCUCUCGUCUGGCAUUUGCCAAGAAGGGCCGCAGUCUUCAAGCAAGCGAUCUCACAGACGAAGUACACACAGCAUUUUUGAACCUGUUUGGCGAGGUUGACGCGAAGCUCUAGAUGGCUUUACUUUCCACUUAAUCCUAAGCGAAGAUAUCCAGGACGAUAAGACUUUC